UUAUUAGGUGCAGGCAGCAAAAUCAUUCAAUGAUAGACCGUUAAAAGAGCGGGGGACGCCACCUCUUUCGCUGGUCUGUGUCCAUAAUGCAGAGCGUUCAGAGCUGCAUGAUGUGCGGACAGUGCAGCAGGGGAGCCAACACUGGCGUCCAACACUUACCUCAGCAGCAUCUUCAGUCCUCAGGACCCUUGCGCAUCGCCUCUCCAUCCUUGAAAGCAUCCCAAAUUCACUCUGGGGGAACAGCAGUGCUUUCAACCGACAACCGCAGCUCUACACAGGCUCUGAGAUGGGCCCCUGACGCCCAUCAUAAGCGAUGGGUGUUCACAACCACCUCGAAAAAAGGACCUGGUCCAGGGUCUUGCGACGCACCCCGCCAUCCGCAAUCGCAAGUUAAAUCCGUCUCAGUUCCCUCUGUAGGAAAGCCGUCUGUAAUGCUGUUUCGGCGCCCUACGUUGCAUGUAAAGAAGCGACCGGUCACUCUGCCCGCCUCUAAAACCAGGUCUCAAACCUGUAGUAGUCAGGAAGUAUGUUCUCAAAGGUCGUUCGGGCCGGACAAACGUCAUCUAGGCCGACAUGUUGAUCAGCGCAGGAGAAAGGCUCCGCUCAUCGCACUUCACAACGCGCAGUAUCCUCAGUUCCGCCGCACCACCCUGCAAGCUUCUUCGUCAGAGAGCCCCGCAGCUACUACUGAAGGUUCUCUUGAAGACAGGCUAAGAGCUCUUGAAGUCAGUGUUAGUGAAGAGGACAACAGAGAUGUUGAGUGGUUGGCAGAGGGAGGGGCUUGGAGGGUGCGGGCCGCUCAGGACGGGGAACUUUCAAAGAUCGCCGAUGUCCAAGCACAGGCUUUUCAUGAGAAGCCGGCACUAGCUUUCCUUGACAGAGCAACAUUUAGCAUGCUCAAGGCGGAAAUCCUGGACACCUUGCUUCGCAUGCGAAACAACUCCAAGCCUGGCAAGUACUUCUCGUUAGUAGCCGUGCCCCAGGAUGACAGUAAACCGGGUGGGAGGCAACUGGAAAAUCUGCCAAGUAUAGUUGGUUCUGUCGAUCUUAUUCUGCUCCAGAAAGAAGACGUUUUGCGCUUUAUUGAGGGGGCCUCGGAGUACAUGUACGUAAGUGGCAUGGCGGUACAUAACGAGUACAAGAGGCAGGGAAUAGGCACUUUGCUACUCAAGGGGGUCGAGUCGAAGGUGAAAGCGUUGGGUAUCCAGUACAUAGCGUUGCAAGUAUAUGCCGAAAACCACGUUGCACAGACACUGUAUGAAAAGGCUGGGUACCAGGCAGUCCACACUUCGUCUGCUUGGGCUCUCGAAACAAUGCUUCCCGGUACUCAAGGAAAGCGAAGAGUGCUAAUGAUCAAACGGAUGACCUCCUAAAUUUUGGUUGAUCCGUACUUGAAG